CCGGUCCAGCCGCUGCCGCUGCCGAGCUUGGACCUCAGCACAUCAAUUGGACGGCUUCAUUCAGGCCUCGCCGUCACAUCGGAAAUUGCUAUGCUUCUGGAACGCCUUGAACCGACUGCGACCCCUUCCCCCUCUGCCGCAUCAAGUGGGCGGCUUUGUCGAUGCAGGCUGUGCCUUGGUCUCAGACUGGAGCAACCUCACUCUUCUUCCACUCACGAAUGUAACACCUGAUGAGGAACGCUUGGCUGGCCGCGCUUCUCUUCUGCACUACGCUCGCGGCGAUCUGUGCUUCCGCAACACUCGCUAUCGACGUCUCCAGUCCGCGUCAGGCAGUUCUCGCUAUAGAGGCUGGCACCGAGUUAUCGCAGCCAUCGUUGAACAUGGAACACCAUUCAGGCUAUCGCGCGGUAGCUUACUACGUCAAUUGGGCCAUCUAUGGCAGAAACCACCAACCGCAAGACAUACCAGCGGAGAAACUAACGCAUGUUCUCUACGCCUUUGCCAACUUGCGACCGGAAAGCGGCGAGGUCUAUCUCUCAGACACAUGGUCCGACACUGACAAACACUAUCCUUCUGAUUCAUGGAACGAUCAUGGCACCAAUGUCUAUGGCUGCGCAAAGCAACUCUACCUGCUCAAGAAGAGAAAUCGAAAUCUCAAAGUCCUGCUGAGCAUCGGGGGCUGGACAUACAGUCCCAACUUCGCCGCUCCCUCCUCUACCGAAUCUGGCCGACGAACAUUUGCAAAGUCUGCCUUGCAACUGCUCAAAGACCUCGGCCUUGACGGGCUGGACGUCGACUGGGAACAUCCCAAGUCCAACGCAGAGGCCGAGGACUUGCUCAAACUCCUGCAGGCAACUCGGGAGGAACUCGAACGAUAUUCUGCAGAGCUGAAGGGUCGUCCACAUCUACUGUUGACCAUCGCUUGCCCAGCUGGCCCGUGGGCGUACGAGGUCCUGAAACUAGGCCAAAUGGAUAAGUAUCUGGACUUUUGGAACUUGAUGGGCUACGACUAUGCUGGCAGCUGGGAUCAAACCGCAGGCCACCAAGCAAACAUCUUCCCAUCCGCGAAGGAUCCCAAAUCUACUCCAUUCAGCGCCGAUGCAGCCAUCCGGCAUUACAUCAAGCAAGGCGUCCAUCCAAGUAAGAUCGUCCUGGGUAUGCCACUCUAUGGUCGAGCCUUUCAAAACACCCCCGGCCCAGGCCAUCCAUACAGUGGCGUGGGAGAGGGUUCGUGGGAGAACGGCAUAUGGGAUUACAAGGAUUUACCGCGGUCCGGCGCGCUGCCUCACUAUGACGGCGAGGCUAUUGCUUCAUGGACGUAUGAUGCCGAUGCGAAAACGAUGGUAUCCUAUGACGCUCCUCAAGCCGCUACUGACAAGGUACGAUACAUCAAGUCAUUGAAACUAGGGGGUGCCAUGUGGUGGGAGACUAGUGGCGACCAGCCAUCCAACAGCUCCGAAAGCCUGAUCAACCUGGUCGUGCAGGGAUUGGGAGGCUACGAGGGCAAGCAUAUGGAACACUCCCCGAAUCUGCUGGAUUAUCCCCACAGCAAGUACGACAAUCUGCGAAACGGAAUGCAAGGGGAAUGAAGAUCGCUCGCUUCUGCAAAUAGACAAGGAU